AUGGAGCAAGCGACACAGCAGCAAUCGCGCCCGCGCGGUCUCAGCUUUCAUAGUAACAAGAGCAACAAGAGCCGCGACAACGCAACCCCCAAGAGCCCGUCCAAGACCAAGCACGAAAGAAAGGCCAGCGACCACUACGACCCAAACUCAAAGGCGAACCCCAACGCCGCCAUGAAUGAGCAGCAGCCCAUCGCUGAGGCCCUCACCAAGCCCACCCUCGCCUCUCUGCGCUCCUUCCAGCAUACCGACACGGCCGGUAACCCCAUUGCCGAUCCCGAUCUCUCCAACCCCACACGUUCGCGAUGGGAGCGCCCGCUCGACACAAUCCGCUCAUUCGAGGCUGCCAUUGAUGGCGAAUACAGACGACGCGCCCAAUCAAUGCGCGCCGACCAGACUGAUGUCAUGAGCGGCUACGGAAGCCGACGGAGCAGCUAUUACGGCGGCGGCGGCGGCGGCGGAUACAAUGACCAGAACCGCUUCUCGACCGCCAGCGGCUACUUUCCCCAGAGGCAAACCCAGCGUGACAGCUACGCCGAUGGCUAUGGGCAGGGUGGACCUGUGGGCGGACCACCGCGGUUGCGAUAUGGCAACCGCAUGCAGUCUGACCCGGGAUGGAACACGAGACAAAGUCAGCAAGGUGUUUAUCCCAUGAACGGCUACCAACAGUCGCGCGACACAGUAAACACCAACGGCUCGAAUGGAAGCCACAGCGACGGCCUAUACUCAAACGACCCAAGCAAUAGCGAGAACAGUUCCAUUGAAAGAGGCAUCCCCGUGCAACCACCACAACAAGAUAUGGGCUCACAAUACGGAUUUAAUGGAUUCGGAAGAGGCCCCAUUAUGGAGGAGUAUGCACAGGGGCCACCACCGCCAGCCCACGGCAUGCCUUCACAAAACAGCAUGGCACCACCACCUCCCAAACAUGCCACGCAGGCAGCACCAAUCAAACUCGGCGGCGGCAGUGGGCCACCGGCCACGGAGAACACGAGGCCGGCCAUGCUGUCUAAGAAGAGCAGCGAUGCAGGCGACAAGCGCAAGAGCUGGUUCAAGAGGCGAUUCAGCAAAGAGUAG